AAUGUACAAGGAAACAGAAUUGAAAGGAAAACUUGAGUUGACUUGACUUUUAGAGGAACAUGUAUCAUACAACUGGGGAGAGGGAGUUUGAUCUUUGCUUAUCAAAGAGAGAGGCGGCUCUGAUCUUUUGGGUGCAAAGCAAAUCUGCAUUUUAUCCAAAAAAGAGUAAAGCUCUUUGCUGCAGCGUUUCCCAGUGAUCUACAGAGGCAAAACAUACUUGUAUACUUCUCUACAGCAGACACAGAAAGAAAGCAAAUGGAUGGAAAUAAUCAUGCCUCAUUCGACAUAGAAAAUCCUCAAGAUGCAUUGGAAAAUUCAAUAACACAGGAGUUGGACAACUUGUCUCUCUCAUUCUCUGCAUGUAGUAUCUACAGAGUUCCAGAGCGACUACGUCAUGUCAAGGAAAGAGCAUAUACACCUAAGGUAGUCUCCAUUGGCCCGCUUCAUCAUGGUAGGGAAGGCUUAAAAGCCAUGGAAGAGCAUAAAAAGAGGUACCUGAAAGAUUUUAUUGAACGGGCCAAUGAAAGCUUGGGGUCCUUUAUCAGAGUUGUAAAGGAGAAGGAAUCAAGUCUGCGUGGUUGUUAUGCAGAAACCAUUCAAUUAAGCAGUGAUGAAUUUGUCAAAAUCAUUCUUGUGGAUGCUGCCUUCAUCAUUGGUGUCUUAUUGAGGCUCAAAUUCCGUGACUUGCAAGAUGAAAAUGACCGCAUAUUUAGUAGACCAUGGAUGUUGCAGGAUGUAUGGCCUGACAUGCUAUUGCUUGAAAAUCAGCUUCCAUUCUUCAUUCUUGAGGAUCUUUUUGACCUUGGCAAAGUAGCAGUCUCAUCCAAGGGGCUCUCCAUCUAUGAGCUUUCACAUAACUUCUUUAUAGAUCUAAUGCAUUUGGAGGGAACGGAAGACAAGCUGGGGAAAAUCUGUCGUUCUGAAGUUAAACAUUUUGUGGACUUCCUAAGACACUUACAUCUACCAGAUUUGAAGCAGAAGCAGCAGCAAAAAGGCAAACUUCAAACACUAACCACGCCCAGCAUGACGGAGCUACACCGUGCCGGAGUCCGGUUUGAAGUUGGAUCAAGCAGAAAUUUAUUUGACCUUCAAUUCAAUAAAGGGAUUCUGACAAUUCCAAAACUUAUUAUAGGUGAUGAGACAGAACUCUCAAUUCGUAAUCUACUGGCCUUUGAGCAAUGCUAUUAUCAGGAGAAUUACAUAAAUGAUUAUGUUGUCAUCAUGGAUCGCCUUGUGAACACCCAGAAGGAUGUGGACUUGCUGGUCAAGUAUGGAAUUGUUGAGAACAGGCUUGGGGACAGCAAUGAAGGGUCAUUUCUUAUUAACAAACUUGCUGAUGGGGUUAUUUUGGACUUCACUGAGUUCUAUUUUGCUAGACUUUGUAAAGACCUCAACACUUACUGUGGAACCUCCUGGCACAAGUGGAAGGCAAACUUGAAACAAAAUUAUUUCAACACACCAUGGGCCAUUGUUUCUGUUAUUGCAGGUGUUAUUCUCCUUUUACUCACUUGGAUACAAGCUGUGUGCGCUAUUAUCUCCAUAAAAAAGUCUCCCAAGUCGAACUGAAAUCAACAUUGAAAUGUGACUGUUUCACCACUCCAUAGCAGUUAUGCUUCUUGUAUGUGCUUAUAUCUGUGUAAGCUCAAAUAUUGUCAUGGUUCUCUAGUUCUGCAGUCAAGAACUAGUUUUCUUCUGCAACGAUUUGAUAAGAUAUAUAUAUUGUUUCUUUGAGCAAUAUAAGUGUUUGUACCAGCUUUCUACCAGUUAAAUGUUCUUACUUGAGUGCCUAAUGCUAAUAAAAUCUG